GCCUCCUGAUCCCACAAGAGCAUAUGGUGUUUUUCACAAAAGAGAGAGAGACCAUUCCCUUGACUUUGGACUUCGCUUAUUGAACCUCUGAACCGAACCAAGGUUGCUAAGAGACCACCUGUGCUGAAUGCACUUUGUUCUUGCAAGAGCAGACUGAGAGAAAACUGAGGAGCAGUGUUACCUACCACUUCCUGGGAUUCAGGGAGCAGGACUAUUCUGGACAUGACUGGUAAAAACUGGAUAUUAAUUUCCACUACUACUCCCAAAAGUCUGGAAGAUGAAAUUGUGGGAAGACUUCUAAAAAUUUUGUUUGUCAUCUUUGUUGACUUAAUGUCUAUUAUGUAUGUUGUUAUAACUUCUUAGAAAGCUGACUUCCUUUACUUUACAUGUAAAUUUCAAAUUGAAUUCCAGUGAAUAAAAAUUUGUAUUUUAAUAUGU